AUGAUCAUGGCUACCGUUGCCGGUAUAUUGGGACACUCUGUUUCGACGCUUCGCCUAGUGUUCAAAUCACUACUCUCCACAGAGCCAUGGCUUUAUGAUCCAUAUGUUCUUCAAGUUUCAUUCAGAGACUACCGGAUGGAAGUGAAUGACAAUCUUUCUUUCGGUUUCGUAAAUCAUGAUGGCGUUGUGACCCCACAUCCUCAGAUUUCCCGCGCACUUGGCAUCGUGAAGAAAGCUAUGCUUGCAGCCGGACACGAGACAAUUCCUUGGGAACCUCCCUCAGUGAACGAGUCGAUUGCUAUCCACGGUCCUAUUGCUCGAGGUGACGGAUGUCCUGAUAUCUACGAGGCUAACAAGCUUUCUGGGGAGCCUAUUGUUCCGGAAAUUCAACAUUUGUUCCCCAAUGGAAAUCUACAGCCAUCCAUGAGCCUUGUAGACUACGAGAAAGUGGUCGUGCAUAUGAAAAGCUAUCGCCAGAGAUACCAUGACUACUGGAGUUCUACAGCUAGCAAGACCAGCAAUGGCCGUCCUGUGGAAGCAAUCAUCCUUCCAGUUUCUCCUUAUGCUGCUGUGUUGCCGGGCAAAUUCUUUCACUCGCCAUACAAAAGUUUUAUUACUGUAUUGGAUUACACAACAGUUGUCAUUCCAGUCACAUUCGCCGACAAGAAGAUCGAUGUUGUGCCAGCCGAUUUCGUGCCGCUGACCGAUAAGGAUCGAUUGAAUAUGGAAGCGUAUGAUGCUGAAAUAUACGACGGCGCUCCGGCUUCCAUACAAAUUGUUGCAAGGAAGAUGGAAGAGGAAAAGCUUCUCGCAAUGGCGCAAGUCGUUGUCGAUGCGCUUGAAACAUACUGGCAGAGUGAAGAAGGAAAAUCACACCCAAGUUGA